GUUCCUUUUACCACGUUUUACUGGUAUAGAAGGUCACCAACCGCUAACGUGCCAAGAUGUUCAGGAAGACGCUCUUCCCUUCAGCACGGUACUUACGUACCGUUUCCUCACCUUCUGCCAAGCUCUUGUCAACCACCACCCGCAACCUCUGCUGUAAUGCCGAGGCACCGCAGCGAUUGCCGACGUCUCAAGCGGACACCCUGAUGGACAUUGGUACGCGGCCUUUGUUCAACUCCGAUCACGACCUCCUACGACAGGCGGCGCGCCGAUUCUUCACCGAGGAAGUUAAGCCACAUAUGGCGCAGUGGGAGGUGGACGGGCAGGUGUCGCGGGAGGUGUGGAGGAGGGCGGGAGAGUUGGGCUUCUUGGGGAUGAACUUUCCCGUCGAGAUAGGAGGCAAUGGAGGAGACUUCCUCGACGCUUCAAUUUUCAUUGAGGAACAGGGAUAUGCACAGUCUUCAGGCCCUGGAUUUUUGCUGCACAGCCAUAUCGUCAUGCCGUACAUAACGCGGUACGGAACCCCGGAGCAGAUCUCCCGGUACCUACCGGACAUGGUGGCCGGUAACAAGAUCUCAGCCUUAGCCAUGACCGAGCCUGGCGCCGGCAGUGACUUACAAGGGAUCAAAACACGGGCCGUUCGUGAUGGCGAUGACUGGAUACUGAACGGGUCAAAGACGUACAUCACCAACGGGUCACUUUGUGACGUCGUGCUCGUCGCCGCAGUGACAGACCCGGACGCCAAGUCUCGCGCCCAUGGUCUGUCUUUAUUCCUCGUUGAUGCUGGCACUAAAGGAUUCAAUAAAGGCAAGAAGCUGCAAAAGCUUGGGCUCAAAGCACAAGACACAUCCGAGCUAUUCUUCGAGGACGUGAGGCUUCCGAAGGAGGCGCUUCUGGGGACUGAACUCAACAAGGGCUUCCCCCAGCUCAUGCAAGAGCUGUCGCAAGAACGACUUUGUGUGGGCAUCAUAUGCAUGGCAUGGUGCGAGGCGAUGUUCGAAGACACGCGUAAUUUCAUCAGAGAUCGCAAAGCGUUCGGCAAGAGUCUGACGAAGAUGCAAGUGAUCCAACACAAGAUGGCUGAACUUAAGACGAGCAUUUGCGUGGCGCGUGCCUUCACUGAUCAAUGCAUAGAUCUGCACACGCAGAAAAGACUCGAUCAAUACACUGCUGCUAUGCAGAAAUACUGGGUGUCAGACCUGGCGAACAAGGUGGCUUACGACUGCCUGCAGCUGCACGGAGGGUCGGGGUAUAUGUUGGAGUACCCCAUCUCAAGAAGCUACGUCGACAUGAGGGUACAGACCAUCUUUGCGGGCACCAACGAGAUCAUGAAGGAAAUCAUAGCCAGGUCCAUCGUGGCUUAGGAGUACUGCUAUUGUUCUUUCAAUUUAUUCUGAUGCCAUCUAAAUAUGCGUAUGAAUUCUAUACGGGUAAAAAUUUUCUUCAAAUACUGUAUCUCUUUAAUUUCAUAACGCUCUCAAUGAGUUUCAAUUUGUGGCUGAAUUUCAGCAACAUGAUGGUCUUUAAUUCAUAUUGUUAUAUUCUGAUGUUUUUCGUUUUUACAUCUAAUUCCAAGAUGAAUAUUAGAUGUAGUUAAUCGUUAGUUUAGGUUUGUGAAUUUGUGGUCCAUAUACAUACAUGAAUGCACUAUAAACCUUGAUAAGUUUGUAAUUUAAGCUGUCACUAAUUAUAAAUAACCAUUAUAGUGAAAUUUAAAUGUCUAAUUAUACGGAAA